CCCCUAGAUCACACACCCCAGCCCCGGAAGAUGGGGAACUGCCUGAAGUCCCCCACUUCGGAUGACAUCUCCCUGCUUCACGAGUCUCAGUCCGACCGGGCUAGCUUUGGCGAGGGGACGGAGCCGGAUCAGGAGCCGCCGCCGCCAUAUCAGGAACAAGUUCCAGUUCCGGUCUAUCAUCCAACACCUAGCCAGACUCGCCUAGCAACUCAGCUGACUGAAGAGGAACAAAUUAGGAUAGCUCAAAGAAUAGGCCUUAUACAGCAUCUGCCUAAAGGAGUUUAUGACCCUGGAAGAGAUGGAUCAGAAAAAAAGAUCCGGGAGUGUGUGAUCUGUAUGAUGGACUUUGUUUAUGGGGACCCAAUUCGAUUUCUGCCGUGCAUGCACAUCUAUCACCUGGACUGUAUAGAUGACUGGUUGAUGAGAUCCUUCACGUGCCCCUCCUGCAUGGAGCCAGUUGAUGCAGCACUGCUUUCAUCCUACGAGACUAAUUGAGCCAGGGUCUCUCAUCUGACUUCAAGUGAACCAUCAUUUUUGGUGGUUUUGAUCUUUUGUCACUGAGCCCAAAGAGCCAGGGAUUAGGAAUUAAGAUCAUGCACAAAAGUUUCCUAAAAAUUCCUGCAUGGCUGCAGGAAUUCCUGAAUGGCUGCAGAUGUUGGGGGAAAAAAGUAUGUGAUAUUUUAGAAACUUAGGGGGAAAAGUAGGAAGGUAUUUUUAUGUAAAGCCUUGACCCAGUGUUCAAAAAUAUAAUUGUAUUUAGAUCUUGUUAUUGCUCCAGUACAUAGGAAUUGUGUAAAGUGUUAUACAGCAGCUGUAUAUGUUUAAAUUGUGUCUGUUGAAGAUUAGGAAAAAGAUAGUGGUUGUUUUUCCUAAAUGAAAUAACUUUCUUCUUCCCCCCCACCCAAAUUCUCUUCUCAAGUUGCUGGCAUUUGGGUCAAGGUUUUAUUAAAAGCUACAUUUUAUAACACUGGCACAAAAAAAGUAGUUUUAAGCUUGUUUGCACAGUUCUUUUUUUCCAUUGGAAAUGGAAUUCAUUGCCUUAGGUCUUUUUAAAUAGUGUAUUAUUAUCGUUGGGGCUGGCUCUAUGCUUGAAAACCAGUUUAUUUAUAACCUGUUAUAAGUGCUAUAUCUGUUUGCAGUUAGGAAAUGCAGAAUUCAAAGUGAUCUCCUAGCUUGUAAGCAAACUGAGAUGCACUAUCCCUUUUCUAUAAAAAAAUGAGUUAAUGUGUCAAGAAACCAACUCUAGUAAAGUGGGGUUUAAUAUUACCCUUUCUUAUGUGUUUCACCUAAUUAUUUUGGUUGUUAAUAUGGUGAUAAUUAAAAGUCAAGGUAAAUUUUAAAUAUUAAGAAUUCUGAUUUAUUGAGCUUGAAUUAUGCCACCAUGCUUAUGUAAAAAUGAAAGUGGCACCAUGGUUAAACUGAGAAAAGUUUCUCAGUUGCAACAAUUUUGAUUUAUUCUUUCCUGUGACCUCCUUCCCUGUUGUCUUGAACAUAGCAAAAGGAUACUGCAUCUCUUCUUAUUGUAGUGCUGAGGUUACUGAAGUUAUAUAAAAACACAUCUCUGUUUCUGUUGGAAGGACAGUCCUGCUAGUUGACUGACAAUUCUAAGCAGGGAGAAUUAAGAUAAAUGUGUUUCAUGUUUUGCACACAAAUGCAGAAUUUGUAUAACCACAUGACUUCAUAGUUGUGAUCUCAAAAAAGAAGGAAUUUCUCUUUUAUCUUUUUCUUGCAGUUAAUAUAAGAACACUGAAUCUCUAAGCUUCUGAAGUGUUAGAGGUAGAGAUGGUCUAGUAAAGAUGUAGUUGUAAUGUUUUA